CUUUCGUUGCGGAAGCGUGUCUUAGCAACGCUCAAUGUCUCUUCCUUGAACUCUCAAAACCUCUACCCAACAAAAAUGCUAUCUUAAAUUUAAAUGACUUUAACCGAAAAAUACAUCUCCGAAACACAAGAGCGAGGCUGAAAUGAUUAAGGAAAAGUUGCGUUUUACGUGUGAUAUACUCCUGUCUCACCAACAGCUCGCAUGCUGUGACCGUUACUGUGGUAUACCUCACCAGGGCAAGAAUGUGCUCAUUUACAGCAAUAAGAAGACACAACAAAAGCCACUGCUACUAACAGGUCACCAUGGUGACAUCAGUGCCAUGACUUUCGGAAAAAGAAGCAGUCCUGUUACCUUAUGUUCUGCCUCUUCUGAAUAUAUUAUAAUUUGGGAUAUUGAGGCAUGUCUGAAAAGAACAGAAGAGGGUAAACUUGCUGCUGGAACAGUGAUCGGUACUUUACUGGGGAAUGUUGUGCAUCUCUCAUUCUGUUCCAAUGAUGAACUGGUAGCUGUCUGCUCAGGAACAACUAUUUAUGUUCUCAAUUCAAAGAAACAAGAAGUGAUUUGCACAUUAAAUGGCCAUCUUGGAUUUUUAACAUCUGCAGAGUUCUGUCCAUGGAACACAAAUAUUCUUGUCAGCACCUCAGAGGAUCGGACUUUUAAGGUUUGGGAUUUAAAAACUGGUGCUGUUUUCUACCAAUCCUUUGUCCUUGGAGGGUCUCCUCUGCUUAGCGUGUUGUUCUUGGAGGAGGAAAAGCAGCUUAUUACCGGCUCAGCCGAUGGACAGGUGUGGUGCUUUUCUUUUGAUGAUGACCACAAAUGCCAUCUUGUGAAAAAAAUGGACCUUCAAAAGAUGGAGAAAAGAUAUGAGAUGCGCCAGGAGACUCUGAGUUAUCCACAAGAUGUUGCUGAACAAUUGGUUGCUAAUAAAGUGGAGAUCUCAAAGCCUGUGAUCCAAAUGACUUCAUGUGGCUCAUUUGCAGAAAUCCAGUUUGGCCAAGAAAUUAUAGACAACCCCACCCUGAACAUCACCAUGGCUGGAUCAUGGUCAAUCUGUGUAGGAUCUGAGAAAUGUAUGGUGGUUCUUGUGAGCUCUUUGUUUACUCCGUGUGUAGUCUUGCUGGAGUUGUGCUUGAGUAACCUAUGCAGGACAGGAGAAAAAGGUGGUGGAGGGUUUUCUGUCUUUCCAAGUUCUCCUCCACUGCUGGAAUCUCCUCUAAAUGCAGAGUUAAAGAGGAAGGAACCCAGCCAUCCGAAAAGGAAAGGAGGAAUAAAGGAAAAGCCGCUAGUUUUUCACUCAAAAGUGAAGUCAUCUGGAUACAACACCACCCCAAGAAUGACUAUGUUUUCAGCACAAACCAAUGCUCAGAAGAAAACAUCACCUAAAAAGUCAAUAAGACAUUUGGGCUUACUCCAUAGAAACUACCCAGAGGACAGUGCAGCACCAACUGAACCACGUACUGCUCUUAACAUUGCCAACAAACAAGUCUCAUGCCUUCAGUAUUCAGGUGAUGGGAAAAAAAUCCUGUGUGGUCUUGGCGACCGCUCGGUGUUAUUGUACAACUCCUGCCUUACUGGUAGUCCAACUGCCUACAUAGGUCAUGACAAGCCAGUGACCAGUGUGAGCUGGAGCCUCUGCAGACAAUGGUGGCUGAGUGCAGCAGAAGAUCUAUCAUUACGGAUUUGGGCCAAAUCCUACUCAGAGCCUGCCAUUAUCUUGGGUGACACUAUGUUCUCCAAACCCAUUAGAGGUGCUCAGUUUUAUUAUCUUGACAAAUUUCUAGUCCUAACAUCUGGACCUUCUCUAUACUUGUACCUGUAUAAUGUGGACCUCACCCGCGAUGAUGUAAAAAGAUAUAAGCACCGGAGCAUCAUCAAACUGGCAAGUUGCUUAACACCAUCAGCCUCGGAGAUCACAGCCCUUUCUGCAGUCAACGAUUUCCUCUCAUACAUUGUUCUGGUGAGUUGUUCAGAUCGGUCCAUUCAAGUUCUGGACAUGAACAAAGGUGCAGUUGGUUCUGUGCUACAUGACGCCCACAGCAGAGCUAUCCACUGCAUCACACAGAACAAGGGAUCCACAUUCACCUCACAGGCUCCAGAGUCAUACAACCUAUUCCUCACCAGUGCAGUUACAGAUGGGGUAAAGAUGUGGGACCUUCGCACAAUGAGAUGCGUGCGUCGUUAUGAGAACCAUGUGAAUCUCUCCCAUGCAUGCUCCUCAGCCUUCUCACCAUGCGGCCGGUUCAUUGCCUCUGGCUCUGAGGAUAAAUGUGCAUAUGUGUACGAUAUUCGUGCCAGCACCUACCUCCACAAACUCCAGAGACACUCAGACAAAGUACUCAGUGUGGCUUUUAACCCUGCAAAACCAGAGUUGUUAACAGGAACCUUGGACGGGAAGCUACGACUGUUUCAGUCAAGCACAGGGUCCCAUUUGUCCCAUGACACCAGCGCUGCUGUUCAUUGCAUCUCUAACGUGACUGCGUAAUUACAGAUGGCUGCAGGAAACACCAUGCAGCUUUCAUUAAGGGAGCUGAAACCCACAGGCAAGGAUUUUAUAAGAAAGGAAGAAUUUAAGUA